CACCGAUGGACCCUCGAGUGCUCGAUGCAAUGCUGCCCUACUUGACAGAGCAAUAUGGCAAUCCCCAUAGCAGGACCCACUCUUAUGGAUGGGAGGCAGAGGCUGCCGUUGACGCUGCUCGCAAGCAUGUGGCUGACCUCAUUGGUGCUGAUGAGAAAGAUAUUGUUUUCACUUCUGGCGCCACCGAGUCAAAUAAUAUGAUCAUCAAAGGCGUUGCACGCUUUAACAAGGAACGGCGGAGACAUAUUGUCACCACACAAACUGAACACAAAUGCGUGCUUGACUCAUGCCGAAACCUAUCCGAAGAGGGUUUCGAUAUUACAUAUCUCCCCGUUCAAUCGAAUGGCGUUAUUGAUCUGGCACACCUCGAGGCGGCCAUUCAACCUGGCAACACUAGCUUGGUCUCCGUUAUGGCGGUGAACAACGAAACAGGCGUUAUUCAACCCAUAAAGGAGAUAGGAGAACUCAUUAAAAAAUACAAGGGGGUAUAUUUCCACACGGAUGCUGCGCAAGCCACUGGGAAAAUACCACUCGAUGUGAACGAGAUGAACAUCGACUUGCUGAGUAUUUCGGGGCAUAAAAUUUAUGGGCCUAAGGGUAUUGGUGCCGCUUACGUGAGAAGGAAACCUCGAGUGAGAUUAGAACCGAUAAUCAGUGGCGGUGGCCAAGAGAGAGGGCUGAGGAGCGGGACCCUUCCUCCCCCGUUGGUUGUGGGUCUUGGGGAGGCCUGUCGAAUUGCGACUCGCGAGAUAGUUUUCGAUCAUGCGUAUGUAAGCAAGCUCUCCCAGCGCCUCAUCAAUGGGAUUAUGUCGAAAGUGGAGCAUGUUGUACGGAAUGGUGACCCGAAUGGGUAUCCGGGUUGUGUUAACCUCAGUUUCGCAUAUGUCGAGGGCGAAAGUCUUCUAAUGGCUCUCAAGAAAAUCGCUUUAUCCUCGGGCAGCGCGUGCACCUCAGCUUCCCUUGAACCGUCAUACGUCCUACGAGCACUCGGGGCUGCAGAGGAUAUGGCACACUCCUCUCUCCGCUUUGGUAUAGGUCGUUUUACAACCGAGGCGGAGAUCGAUUAUGUAGUGGCUGAGAUUGUAGAAGUUGUCAAUCGAUUGCGUGACAUGAGCCCACUUUGGGAGAUGGUCCAGGAAGGAAUCGAUCUAAAAUCCAUUGAUUGGUCCCAAUCUCAGCAUUAAGAAUGGGCCAGUCCGUUUGUUUUGAGGAUCCCCUGAUAUGAGACCAAACUACAUACAUUGGAAAUGUCAUUUUCGCUGCUUGUGGAUUCCUUCCAUGCAUGCUCCGGGCAGUUGUUUUGGAGGUGAAUUCAAGGAUGCCUGUUCGGAGUUUCAAA